CAUAAAACUAAUUGAAACAUGAUUUGAUUAUCAACUUAAUUAGAAAAAAAUCGUUAUCAGUGUAAAAGGAUAAGAACCAUAGUUAAGAUUCGUAAUCAGAUAAUCAAAAUUUUGUAAUUUUCUUUAUUUCUACUAACGUUUUAUUGUUUGAAUAGAAAUUUGUUUUUGCAUUUUCGUGCACAAUAUCAUCAAAUACUUAUCCAAUACCAAAUAUCAAAUUGACAACAGUUAACCUUUUUAAUUGUAAACUUUAUACAGUAGAAUUAAAUAAUGAUUAAAGCUAUUCUGGUUUUUAAUAAUCAUGGGAAACCUCGACUUUCCAAAUUUUAUCAAUAUUUUAAUGAAGAUAUGCAGCAACAGAUAAUAAAAGAAACUUUUCACUUAGUUUCCAAGCGAGAUGAUAAUGUUUGUAACUUCUUAGAAGGUGGAAGUCUCAUUGGUGGUUCUGAUUACAAAUUGAUCUAUAGACAUUAUGCAACAUUAUAUUUUGUCUUCUGUGUCGAUAGUUCUGAAUCAGAACUAGGAAUAUUAGAUUUAAUUCAAGUUUUUGUAGAAACUUUAGAUAAGUGUUUUGAAAAUGUUUGCGAAUUAGAUCUUAUUUUCCACGUUGAUAAAGUACAUUACAUUUUAAAUGAGUUAGUUAUGGGUGGCAUGGUAUUAGAAACAAAUAUGACUGAAAUUUUAACACGAAUAGAAGACCAAAAUAAAUUGGAAAAACAAGAGGCUGGUAUAACUGCAGCUCCAGCGAGAGCUGUCUCUGCGGUAAAAAAUAUGAAUAUUCCACAACAAAUCAAGGAUAUGAAACUGCCUGAUUUACCACAAGCUAUAAAAGAUUUAAAAUUUUGACCUACCAUGAAAACAUUGCCAGCUAGUUGAUGGAUUUUAAUUUUUUGCAAAUGAUUAUUUUAAAGAAAUAUCAAGAAGUUAUUAAAAUGAUCCUCUACUCUGCCCUGUACAUAUACAAAAUUAUGAUCAGCCCUCAUUAUAAUUAGGAUCUCAUGAGGACAUCUCAAAGUAAUGAAUUAAAAAUAUACAAAGAAAAAAAUUAUGUAAAUAUAUGUAUUUUUAGCUUCAAAUAAAUACAGGCUUGUUUUUGUUACCUAAAUUUUAACCAAUUGAAAUUAUAUAUUUUCAUAAAAAAAUCAGUUUGUAAAACCAAUGUUAAAGCUAGUAUACGGUGUAUUUAAAUGGUAGAGUUAUACUAUAUCAAAAAAAUGAAAAGAUCACCUUUACUGUCGUUAUAAAUGGCAGUAUUUCAAACUAGAUUAGAAAUUUUUUAUUGUUUAGUUGAGAUGUAAUAAAUUCUUGUAAUAAAACAA